GCUGUCUUUACACGCUUAAGUGAGAGUGAUGGAUGGGGGGGAGUAAAUGGAGGAGAGGAAGACACAGUUUGAUCUUAUUUCACGAGGGAGGGAGUAGGAAGUGUGUGUGUGUGUGAGUGGAAGUGUGUGAGGAGAGAGAGAGAGGUUGCUCCUCAGUUGUUCCUCCUCUCAGUCUGACAGCAGCAGCCGGUCGUUCCUCCUCAGCUGUGGACCCCACCAGGUAGUGACAGCCAUGUUGGCGGCGGUGUGUUUGCGGCUGCUCUUGCUCCUCCCUCUGGUCUUCAGCGUCCCCCCCCCCUCCAGAUCUCCUUCCAGACUCUGCAGACGCUGCUGUGAAUACCCAGAGCCGCCAGCAGGCUCCAGCCAGUACCAGAUGCCUGAGGUCCGCACCGUCAUCAACAUGACCAUCCUCAAAGGUGAUACAGGAGACCGAGGCAACAAGGGUACCCCUGGUAAACCUGGUUUAGAGGGACCUCCAGGCCACGGAGGACCGUUGGGCCCUAAAGGCCCCAAAGGCCACCAAGGUGUCCCAGGAGACGCCUGUAAGAUCCCCCAGUCCUCCUUCUCCGUGGGCCGUCGGAAGUCCCUGCACAGCCUCGACUACUACACGGCGCUGGUGUUCGACACGGUGUUCGUCAACCAGUACGAGCACUUCAACAUGUUCAAGGGCAAGUUCUACUGCUACGUGCCCGGGAUCUACUUCUUUAACGUGAACAUCCACACCUGGAACUUCAAGGAGACGUACCUGCACCUGAUGCACAACGACAAGGAGCAGGUGAUCCUGUACGCCCAGCCCAGCGAGAGGUCCAUCAUGCAGAGCCAGAGUGUUAUGAUGGACCUGAGUCUGAACGACGAGGUGUGGGUGCGACUCUACAAGAGGGAGCGGGAGAACGCCGUGUACAGCGACAACGUGGACGUUUACAUCACCUUCAACGGAUACCUGGUGGCACCGAGCGCCCAAUGAGACUGGGACAAAGGGGAUUAUAAAAAGAGUCAUCGCUGGGAUUAUUGGGUCUUCACGCCGAGGAGAGAAGAUAAUUUAAUAGAGGAAGUUUGGUGCUUUUUUAUAUAUAACGUUCAGCCUGGACAGGAAUAUAAGGAACCAAAAGUAAAACAGGUUCAAGUUCAAGAUAAGUCAGAAUUCUGAAAUGUUCUCAAAAUCUUGACUUUUUUCUAAUGAUUUUGAGAAAAAAGUAAUUUAGAGAUUUUCUCAGGGUUUUGACUUUAAUCUCAGAAUAAAGUCAGUGUUUCUUUUCUAACCAUUUUGAAAUUAAAAUAAGAAAAAAUACUUGUUGUAAUUUUAGAUUAAAGUACGAUUUCAAACUUUUUCUCGGAUUUCAAACUUUUUCCUUCAAAAUCCAGACUUUAUUCGGAUAAUUCAGAUUUUCUAUCCGAAUUUGUGAAACAAGUAAUAAUCCUUUUUGUUAUAAUUUUGCGAUUAAAGUUGGAAUUCAGAUUUUUAUUUGUUCUCAGUUUUGUCUUUGUCUUAUUCCACUUUUGGGCAGAUCUCAAACUCUUUUUCUUUCUUCAACCUUGAUACCUUGAUCUCUUCAAGAAAACGUAAGGUAACACAAGGUCAUAAACUACACUUUUAGGAAUCAAUUUAAAUGACCUGCUUUGCACUAGAAAGCCACUCACUUCUCCUCUUUGGGCGUCUUCCCUUUCCUUUCAGGGACUUUGUGUUGAAACACAAGUUGUGUCACGCAUCAGGAAUCUUCUAUCCGUGCUAUCAGUUGUGUUUAUAAAGAGCUUCUGUCAGACUCAAAUGUGUUUGGACAGACAGCUGUCAGACCUUUAACAAACGUUUCCUUCAUGCCUGUCAGAAUGUUAAAGGGUCAGUUCACCAAAACUCAUCAGAUUACUGUACAUAAAGCCAUGGUUUCUUCGAACCCUCACAAGUUCGUUUUAUGUAAAUGUUAAACAGCAUGUUUGAAACUUUGCAUAUCAACCGAGAGAAAAUAUGUUUCUUGUUGGUUCUUGUUGGAGAAGCUUUGACUGUUUCAUUUACAUAAUGUUCCUAAAGGAGUUAACCCUCUAAAUGGAAGAAGGAAGAGCACAGUUGGGUUUUAUCUUUCUGUAUUUGUGUUGAACUGACCCUUAAACCUAAAUGUAUGCCAACGUAUCAAAAUGAAAAAGGGUGCUUUAAUUUCCCAGAGCAGGAAUUCAUUGGGAUGUUGAUGAUAAACUGAUGUAUUCUCACAGAGACUCCAAGCUGCAGAGCAGUUAAUGUAAAUAGCUGUAUAGAAGCUGUCUUUAUUACUUCGGCUCGUUUGCACCUGUCGGCCAUCGUACCUUAUAGUCAGUAUCUGUGCUAGCAUUCAUGCUCAGGGCUGGACUGUGUGUGUGUUUCCUUCUUCAUUAACCAAGUAUCUACUUGUUCUGUUUCACUGAGCGACAAACAGACACUUGAUUAUGAAACAUUAAACAUUUCAGAAUGAAAAGUGAAAUCAGA